GCUACAUCCCGGAACAAAACUCGUAAACGCUGAAUAAAAAAAAAUAAAAAAAAUCUGCCCAAAGUGGUCAGUGGACACGUGAAACAGGUCAAAGUGAACCAUGUCCCUCACGGUGCUGACUCACGCCUGCAGACUAAGGAGUGUAUGCCGGCUGCAGAGAAUCCAGAGCCACAUGAUGUCGUCCCAGCCAGACCCUGAGGUGCUGCUGCAGAAAGUGGGCCGGGCCGGAGUCAUCACAAUGAACCGCCCCAAAGUCCUCAACGCCCUGAACCUCAACAUGAUCCGGACCAUUUACCCACAGCUCAAGAAAUGGGAGGCAGACAGCGACACGGACCUGGUGAUCAUCAAAGCUGAGGGAGGAAAGGCGUUUUGUGCUGGAGGAGACAUCAGAGCUGUGACAGAGGCUGGAAAAGUGGGAGAUUCUCUGGCUGAAGACUUCUUUAGGGAAGAGUACAUCCUGAACCACGCCAUCGGAACUUGUAAAAAGCCUUAUGUUGCUCUGAUCGAUGGCAUCACUAUGGGAGGGGGUGUGGGGCUGUCCGUGCACGGGCGUUUCAGAGUGGCCACAGAGAAGACACUGUUUGCGAUGCCUGAGACUGGGAUCGGCUUGUUCCCAGACGUAGGAGGAGGGUACUUUCUCCCCAGGCUGCAGGGAAAACUGGGACUCUUUUUGGCUCUAACCGGAUUCAGACUCAAAGGAAGAGACGUGCAUCGCGCCGGAGUCGCCACGCACUUUGUAGACUCAGGCAAGAUGUCAGAUUUGGAGCAGGAGUUGGUGCAGUGUCCCUCUGUGGAAGACAUCAGUAAAGUGCUGGACUCGUAUCAAAACCAGAGCAGCUCCGGCUCAGACAAACCGUUCGUCCUGGAAAAGCACCUCGCCCACAUCAACAGGUUGUUCAGUGGCGACAGUGUGGAGGGCAUCGUGCACAAUCUGAAAGCAGACGGCUCAGAGUUUGCAGUAAAACAGGUUGAGACUCUGUCACGGAUGUCGCCCACCUCUCUGAAGAUGACGUUCAAGCAGCUGCAGCUAGGGGGCGCUCUCAGUCUGAAGGACGUCCUGAUAAUGGAGUACAGGCUUUCUCAGGCCUGCAUGAGAGGCCAUGACUUCUACGAGGGCGUGAGAGCAGUGCUGGUGGAUAAAGACCAGAGUCCUCACUGGAGUCCCAGUUCUCUGGACCAGGUGUCGGACCAGGACGUGGACCGCUGCUUCUCUCCUCUGGGACCCAAAGAGCUGAUUUUAUGAACGAGAUCCGGGUCUGAACCUGCCUCUGCAAACACCAUAUAAAACGCCUUGGACUAACAGAAGCACUUUGCACACUCCUCAAUACAAACAUGGACUUGGAGCUUUUUACUGUUUUAUUUGUCAAACUCAUACCUGGGUUUGUGCUGAACGAAUCUGGAAAAAAUAUCAAAUAGUGUUUUUUCUGUAGUGUACCAGUAAGUUAUGGAUGCACCCGUCCAACACUGAUACACUUGAAAUUUCAAAUAUCAGUUCAGUUGAUUAGUUGGACACUACCUGUAAAAAGUUUGAGCACACCUUCUCAUUCUCAUGUGUUUUUUCUUUAUUUUUACUACUUUUUACAUUUUAGAUACAAACAGAAGAGAUCACAUAUAUUAUGAAGAUAUAUGGAAUUAUGUGAGGAAGAAAAUAAAUAAAUAAACUCAAUUAAAUAUAUUUAAUACUGUAAUUUAUGUUCAAAUCCUCACAGUCUCCACCCUUUGCUUUGUGGACAAACCUGUGGCCUUCUCUCAAUGAGCUUCAUGACGAUGUCUUCUGAAAUGGUUUUUACUUCACAGUUGUGCCUCAUCCGGGUCAAGAAAUGUCAAAAUUGCAAAGCAGCGAUGAAAGCAGAGGGUGACUACACUCUACACGUGUCAUUCAUAGUUUUGGUCUCUUUCAGUGAGAAUCGCAGUGUAAAUCAUCGUGAAAAUAAAGAAGAAACAUACAUGAAAAAGUGUGUCCAAACUUCUGACUGAUGCUGUACAAAGCUGCUCUGUAGUUACUUCAAUUUAAAUAACAAUUACAUGUGGAUAAAUUUUGACUUAUUUUGUUUAAACUAAAAGAAAUAAAUGUUGUUUUCAGUUUCUGCUCUGGUGUCGGUUAAUAUCAGGAUUUGACAGAUACUUAAAGUUAUAGUAUCGUAUCAGAACAGAAAAGCUGGAUCCCUUGUAUGCAGUUAGUAUUUUUACCAUUAGAUUUGUGGUUUUCAGAGUUACUGUAACACUCCUAGUAUCCUGUAAAAAUCUGGAUUUAAAGCACAUUUCAAGACACUGCAUUUAGGCCUGUCAGGAGGACACAUUUUGAAGUGUGAUUUAUUUUGCUGAAGUAAAUAGAUGAUAAACAAUAAUACUGAACCCAAAUCAUAAGGCUAAAGUAUUUCAAAAGUAUUCUAAAUGUACAAUAUUGUUAAAAAAUGUGAGCCGCAAUAAAUAACACUUAAGUUUUGUAUCUA